CUUGCAGUUGAGCUGUCAAAGUGAAGAAAUGAAAAAAAAUUUUCAGCAGCUCAUUGGAAUAAAAAUCUUAUUAGAAAUCAUUAAAAACUUCUAUUUUUAUUGAGAAAAAGACUUGGAAAUAGUUUCGAAUUGUUUGCGCAGAGUGUUUUGUGAAAAAUAUGUGAAACAAUAUAAAUACUCGGGUGAUACAUCAAAUGCAUUUCUGUAAAUCUGUGUAAAAAAUGCUGUGGUGAAGGAGAGGUUGAAAGUCAAUCGACAGCAAGAAAUAAAACGUCUCUGAAAGGCUGCUCGGAGUCCAUAUUUAUGAUUUGAAAUUAAAAUAUUUAAUUGAUCUCUUCUUCCAGUGCUGUGCCAGACGUGUUUUAAAUAUUAUUAAAUAUUAAAAAAAAUAAGUCUUCAGAAUUAUUUUGUACAAAAAAAAAAGUUUCAAAGUAUCAGUAACUAAACAAACGAACGACGUAGAAAAUUCAAAGUAGGACGUGGAUAAAAGGUGAAUCAAAAAUGUUUUGGGACAAAAGCUAUACACCGUCACAGAAUAUAGAGGCGCUGCUGGAGAAAGAGAACGUUACAGUGGAAGAAUUUCUGGACGAUGAUGACAUAUUACUGGAGUGUAGAUCACAAAAAAAAACUAUUGUUAAUUAUUUCACUCGUCCUGAUGUAAUAAAGCGCCUUGUUGAACUCAUUACAACAGAACCAUCUGAGAAUCUACCUUUGGCACAAAGAUAUCGACAUGCAAAUAUGGCUUGUGAAAUUUUAACGUUUGGUUUACCGUCCCUAGAUGAGAAGCUUUUGUCAGAUGAAGAUAUAUUAAAAACACUUUAUUCAUAUCUGGAAAACGAACCACCGCUGAAUCCUUUGCUAUCGUCAUUUUUUAGCAAAACAUUUAGUAUGCUCUUCACAAAAAAGGCUGAACAAGAUUGGUUUUUGUAUCAACAAAUGUGCCUAAAACUCUUGGAAUACAUUAAGUCGCAAAAUAAUUUUUUGGAUUUGAUUUGUAAGCAUUUUUUCACACCCGUCAUACCCGAUCUAAUAAUGCAAAUGAUGAGGGAUGUAGAAGGUGGUCAAAUGAAAAGGAAUUUAUAUGAAUGGCUCACUGGAGAUAAACUUGUAGAGAGACUGAUUGCAAUAAUUGGUAAUCCUCAAGAAACCGACAAACAUACAAAUGUUGCGGAAUUCCUCUGUGAUUUAAUACAGCAAGGUCGUUCCAUGCGUUACUUGGAGCAGGAGAACGACACUUUUGAGCCCACAUUCGAUGGUUCGAAUCCAAUUUUGAAAUCCAUCGAGAGUGAGCGAAAUGUUGAAGCCUUGUUGAAUGUGAUUUUGGAACCAAACGCGCAAGAGAGCGCAAUCGUAUCAGGAAUAUCGGUUGUACUUAUUCUUCUAAAACCUGUGGUGUUUACUGAAGAACCUAAUUCAGAUCGUAUGAAAAUCAUACAAGAUCGUGAAAAGGAGUGUAGUGAACAAAUACUCUCUACUGUGAUCCGUGUCAUUGCACCACGUCUUAAAGAUUUCAAUGAGCUACUCAGAAACCCGCCAAAUAAACCAGAAAUAGUGACUACAGCAGCUAAGCUAUCACAGCCUUUUGGGAUGACACGUUUGCAAAUCUGCCGUAUUUUUACAGUAUUAUUGCAAACAAAAAACGAAGAGAUUUUGAAUACCGUCUGUGAAACGGAUUUUUUUGAAACUCUGCUCACCCUCUUCAAGCAAUAUUGUUGGAAUAAUUUUUUGCACAGCGAAGUUGAAAAGUGUCUUCAAAUAGUAUUUUAUACGCAACUAUCAAAAAACAAUAAUUCAAUGCAAGGCAGUACAAUAGGAAAUGAUGGAUCUUUCAAUAAAACGGAAAAUAAUAUCGAACAUACCUCGUUUUUCGAUUUCGUUUUCAAGUCUGAUAAUAGAAAAGACGUUGAUAACAACGAAGCUACUGAUGAAAGCGACACUGUUGAAAAGGAAGAUGAAAAGUCUUCAGAAAAAGAAGAUAUUGAAAUGAAAACGGAUGAACAAAUUCCCGAUGAUAAAGGCGAAACAAUAAACGAAGAUAAAUUAGAAAACAGUGAUACCACAUCGAAUGUUAACGCCAUGGAAACGGAUGAUGGUACUGUAGAAAAGGCGGCAGAAAAUGUAGAAAAGCCGCCUGUUCCAGAUUUCGUUGGUGACAGAGAAAGUGCAGAAAACAAGCAGAACAAAACCAAAGUUGACACCGAUACUGGUCCGUCCGUAUUACAAAUACACGUGAUUGAAAAGUGCAAGCUAAUUUCAAAAUUAAUUGACUGCUGGAAACAAAACACAGACAUGGAAUCAACCGAAAAGGGCCGUCGCCUCGGCUAUAUGGGACAUUUAAUAAAAAUAUUCAAACAUAUUACGAAUAGUAUAUCAGAAUCUAAACAUAUCGGUGCCUUAAUUGAGAGUAAUUUAAGUGAUGAGUUUGAGUUAAAAUUGUGGCAAUCAAUAAUAAAUCCAACCGAUGGUGAUCUUACAAAGGCCUUAGCCACACAAAGUAAAAUGUUAGCGAAUUGUAACGCUCAUGAAGCGGGUGACUACAGUCAACAUUUACCAAAAGAUUUUCUGGGUGAUAAUAGUACUUGGGAUUACAUAAUGUCAUCAAAUGUGAUGUCAACGAAUAUGAUCAAUAACCUUGGCUUCAGUGAUUCCGGCUCAAACGACAUAGUUUUUGCGCUUGAACAUGACAUCUAUCGCAAUAAUCUGCUCGAAAACGAUCAUAACGCCGAAAACGACCUUAAUUUGUUUCAGUUUGGUCGCAAUAUAGACGACGAUGAUGACGACAACGAUGAAAACAAUGCUGGCUGUGACAGCAGCGGCGGCGGCGGCGGCAGUGGCAGCGGUUCAUCACUCUUCGGCAAAAAUGCCAUUUCAACAUCAGCACUACAAGCAUUCGGUGUAACCAACAACCCGUGGGAUCACAUGGAUCCAUUCAGCGAUCUAACUGCGAAUAGCAAUUCUACACCUUGGGCAACCGACUUUAGCUCGGAUAAUUUUGCUGAUUUCGAUUCGCAUUUUAGUUCGUUCACCAAUGAUUUAGGGGAGAGUUUGAUUAGUGCGGCAACCACAACAUCUGGAACUGCUGCGAUUAAAGAGAAUAGCAACGACGAUGAUGACGAUCGCAACAAUAGUGGCAGCGGCGUUGGAGUUGGUAAUCAGCAACAGCAGAAUACGACUGACAACGGUACAGCCUUGAGUGGCACUGGUCGACCCGUUGCAACAGGGAGUAAAUCCGAAACAGGCUAUGAUAAUAACGCAAAUGUAGAGAGAAAUGAAACGUUGGUAACGCAAGAAAUUGGCGAAUUUGCUGAUGGUACGGAUGCUGUUGAUGACGACGAUGUAGAUGUGUCGAAUGAGAAGGCCAUGGCCACUUCGCUUGUGCGUACACUGCAAUCGGUCAUGCAGGAUUCAGAGGAUGACUAUGAGGAUGAUGAAGGCAUGUGGACAAAACCGCUGGGCGGUAGCGCGGUGGAUGCGUCCGAUGACAAGUGUGAUGAUGAAUGCGAGUCGCAAACUAAUAAGCUGCGCUUCACCAACGGCCCAAGUAGCAAAGAUGUUCACGAAAAUGAAAAUACACAUAAAUUAAACAAAACUGAUGAUGAUGAUUCCAACACAAUUGCAACGGCGAAUAUUAAUGAUAUCGAAGGUAUUGAGAGUAUUAAAGGUGCUGCUGUGGUUGGUACUACAAAACGUACAGGCAGUUUCACAUCGUCGGACGGCGUCAAUGAUGUGGGGUGCAAUGCUACAGCGAUGACCAACACAACAUAGGCCAGUAAUGCUGUUGAGAUUGCGCCAACAACAACAACAACAUAAGUGAAUUGUGCUGGUACAUGAAUACAAUACAAGAAACACAUACAUGCAUAUGUACAUACGUAUGUCAUACGCAUCUACUUACAUACCUAUAAAUACAUAUAUAUUAUAGUACGAGUAUAUAUAUAUAAGAAAACGCUCAAAGACACGCAUCGCACUGCAAGCGAAACACUUCAUUUGACGCGCCAAAAAGCGUCAUGCCAAAGGUUGAGGUACCGCCCAUGUAUAAACUUAGAAUUAAAACUAUACCAAUCAAUAUACAUACAUACUAUACAUAUACAUAAACAUACUCAAACAUAAGCACGCAAAUGCACUAACGCAUGGUCGCUGUACGCAGACAGGUAUUCUACAUAUAACAAAUAGUCAUACACACAUAAAUAAAUGCAAAAAAAAAAAAAAAAAAACAAAAAAAAAGCAACAACAGUUAGCCAUUCGUAUAAACUGGAAUAAAUGUAUAUAUAUGGAGUGUGAUUAGAAACAGAAAAUAGUAGUGAAUGAAAAGCGAAGGGAAGAAGAACAACAACAACAAUAUAAUGUAAAUACAUACAUACAUAUAUGUCAAUAAGAGCGCAUGUUGCAACGUCUAUGCAUAUACAGGAGGGUUUGUCGGAUCAAAUUGCACCUAUAGAAAAAUACAAUGUUGCAUGAAUGUUGAUGAAGAGCGCGCAACACGGCAUUGCAACAUUCGUAAGCAAGCUUCCUUGUUUGAAACGAUGUAACGAAAUGUAACCUUUUGAAGUAUUGAAAUACAAUAUUUCCAAAAACCAAAAAAAAAAAAAAACAUUAUAAUAAAUAAAAAAUUUAUUGGAAUUAUGAAAAAAGAGCAACACACGAUUUUGUAUAGAAUAAUUAAACGAAAAACAAGGGUUUGUUCGUAAACGCAGUAUUAUAGGUAGUUGCAUUGCGCGAUUGACGUUAGCAAAAAGGCCUUUCGCGCGGCUGUUUGAAUAAAAAGUAUUUUAAUAAUAGGAUUUCUGGAGCCAGUGCAGUAAGUAUUUUGCUGUUGCGAAAAAUCGAAGCCAAGUUUAAAAGUCAAUCAUGGGGUGCAAUUAUAAUACUGCCCCAAACAAACAAGCCCCAAGGUUGAAAUUAUUAUAUUUAAAUCUGCUGAUACAGUAAUGCAAAGAAAAGAAAAAAUGUAAACAAGCCAAUAUGAGUAUAAUUUAUAUUCUUUGCAUUAUAUUUACUUUAUAUGUUUUUGCGUAGAGGUGAAAUUAACGAAAGUGCGUACGCAUAUGCAAGUAACAAUAAAGGGUGUGUGCAGAGUUGAAUAGUUGUGUUAAAUGUUUGUGGCGAAAUGUGCUGCGACGAGUUUAGAAAAUCCAACUUCACGUCACUAGUAGACAAUUUUCGGUCUUGAAGCACUUUUGUGAGCCUCUUCGUGCAAUAAGUGACAACUACAUUAGCAACAACAAUUAGAUAUACCGAAAUUUGGAAAAUAUAAUUUAUGGCUAAAACAGUUUGAGGCAUAUAAAAUAUUGAGUGAAACUUUCCACUAUGAAUUAUAUAUUAAAAUGAGCUAAUAUCUUAUUUCUUUAAAAACAGAUACGCAAACAAAUACGAUAAAAUACAUUUCUUGAGCCAAAUUUUGAACAAAAUUUUUUUUUUCAUCUACACAAUCCCAUACAAACAUACAUCUUUAUGCAUCAUAAGCUGUUUUUUCGUCCAACGCGCUUUAUAACUGCAUACACCCUGUAUGCACUUGGAAUAUGUAGUUGUGUCGUUACUACUAGUAGCAUAUAAAAUUAUAUCGUGUAUUAACACCAUACAUAUAUACAUAUGUAUAUGUGUAUAAACAUACCCGCCCAAAAUGAAUUAAUGUACUAUUACUGAAAUAAAAUGUAGCUAUUUAAGAAGGGAAUUACAAUAAAGGACGAACAACGAACGGACUGCUCAAAACGAACAGACCACUACGAAAUGAAUACGUAGUAGUGAAUAAUACAUUUAAAAUAAAUAAAAAAAAAUAAAAUAGCAUUGAAGUAAUUGAAGCAAAAUCAAUGGAAAUAAAAAUUAAGGAAUAAUAUAAAAUUCCAAGAGAAAUAACCUAAGCAUAAGUGACGAAAGACACGAACACUAACACUUACACAUACAUAUACAACAGAGGAAACACCACCCUCGCUCUAUAUGCCAAUUAUCUAUUUACGUUUUUCUUACUUUUUAUUAUCUACUACUUUUUAUCUACUAUAAAACUUAUGCUUUUUAUCAUACAUACAUAUUAAAUAUUUGUAUACUUUAAAGCAAAUGAACCAAGUGCAAAAAACAAUUAAAACUAUUUUAUAGGGAACUAAAGAAAAGUUAACUAGAUUUGCAACAAAAAGAUUAAUUAAAAAUAAAUAAUACAAAAUAGAUAACGAAGACGAUAAGUGCUGAGAAAUCAAAAGUUUAAGAGAUUUACUUAAAAAUGCCAAAUUAUGUAUUUUAAUUUGCUUAGAAAUUAUUGUAAAAUUUAUUAAUAACCUGGAAAAUGGGGAGAGGCAUGGAAAUUGAUAUAAAAUUGUUUUUGUUCAAACUUAAUGAAGAGUGAAAAAGUUGUGGUUGUAGUAGCCACAAUGGAAGUAGGCCUAUAAUUUGGUUGCCAAUUAACUUAAAUAUUGUUUUAAAAUUGUAAAUAACUAAGAUGACCAAAUCGGCAAAACGAACAACCACUGUACGUAAAAUAGUUGCUAGAGAGUGAAAAAAUAAUUACAAUUAGUUGAAGUGCACUCAACUGCAAACUGCAUAUCAAAUUUUUACGGCUGCGGAAUUGUGGCAAAUUUCUA